CAUCAAUUCUCAUUUCUUUGCUGUACAACAUCCCUAUAGCACAUGUGUGAGUGAAACUGAAGCAAGGCAGCUGCUCAUUUUGAAAAGAAACUCUUUCUUCAAGUACAUCUGUGAAACAAAAUGUAGAGCUCCUCGUUUUGUAAAGGUAAAAAUAAAAGCUACCACUCCUUCUUCCCCCCCCCCACUUCCCCCUCCCAAUCAUUUGGCUGCAGGCACUGAAAAAAAAAAAGAACAACCAUAAAAACAAAAAGUCUGAGGAACCUCUGAAAAAGACAAUAAGGAAAGAUUCAAACAUAGAGGGAGAAGCAGGAAGACUUGUCAGGUUGUAAUUCAUCCUAGCCUUGUCAAUCACCAUGGUUGCCAGGCAGAAAAUUGAAGCACAUCUGAGAAGUUUUUAGUCAGAAGUUGUAGAAUAUCCUCACCAACCCACCCCCACACAUCCAUUAUAUUUCACUCUGACAAAAGCUGAGAUGAAUGAGUUGUUCUUUGGCCCUUCCCACUUUGUGUAGCCAUUGGCUAGCUUAGUUCUAAAAAGGAUUUUAAAAAGGGGAAUAAUGUGCCUUUGCCUGGGAUCUGAGACUGUCAGGGUGCUGAAAAGCUAAUCUGUGUGAGCUGCCACCAUGCAGAUCUCUUGGGCUGUGUGCUCUGUCUGUGUCUUAAUACAAAUUGCAUUUCAAUCUGUGGAAGGGUGGCAGAUGUUUAAAAACGAUGCUACAGAAAUCAUUCCUGAGAUCACUGAAAAUACAGAACCACCAAUGGAGCAGACUUUCAGCAACAACACAAUGAACCAGGCAAAGCAUGGAGGAAGACACAUCCAACAAGCUCCAGACCCUAACGAUGCUUCUGACUUCAGCUGCAGAGAGAUGCGAACCACUCGCUACAUCACAGAAGGGGCUUGCCGCAGCAUCAAGCCCGUCAAGGAACUGGUCUGCUCUGGUCAGUGUGUCCCCUCACACCUCCUUCCCAACUCGAUUGGAAGAGGGAAGUGGUGGCGCCAGAACGCCCUGGAUUUUCGCUGCAUCCCUGCUCACACUCGCACGCAGCGCAUCCAGAUGAGCUGUCCCGAGGAGGAGACUCGGACUCACAAAUUCCGAGCGGUCACGUCCUGCAAGUGCAAGCGCUACACUCGCUACCACAACCAGUCUGAGCUGAAGGACUUCGGGAAGGAAGGUCUGAGGCCUCAGAAGAACAAGAAGCCCCGUCUCUCCAGAGCCAGAGGCAGCAAAUCCAACCAGCAUGAGCUAGAAAACUCCUAUUAGAAGGCAGCUCCGAGCGGUACAGCCCAGCAGCUCUGGCUCUUGUAGGAAACAUCAAACGGCACCGAGGGGCCAGGGCACCAUGUUCUGACUGCAGCAGGUUCCAAUUCCUUCUGCCAACCUGGGUCAAAGGCUCACGUAGUCAAAAAUCUGUCAGAUUAUAGCAGUUAUGGUCUGAUAAGAGAACGAGAUAAACUAAGGUGGAGGUAGCAACACCUAAAUUCGGUGUGAGAGGAGAGGCAGCACUUGGAGACUCACUUGAGAUGGUGUGGCUUGUACAAUUAGGAGGGCAGAGGAAGGCAAAGCUGUUGUGGUGACGGUCACACUUUGCUAGAAGUCACUCUACUCACUCUAGUUGAAAAGAAAGCUGAGAUCCCUUUCCCACUUUUACAAGUGCCACGAUGCAUGCCAAGUGUGUGGCGAGGGAAGCGCCAGGAGAGUCACUGCUCUCUGAAGGAGCUGUAGGAAAGCAGUGAGAGCAGGGAUUUCAGCCACGGUGGCCAAACUGUUGGGAACUUAACCUCCUGUCAGAUGUCCUCACACCCCAGUUGUUUCCUCUAAAAUGUAAGAAUCAAAACGUGCCAACUGUGCUCUCAAAACAAGUGUGACAAAUCUGUUUCAGACCUUCAAUUGAAGGACUGUAAGCUCAUCAGAUUGGACACUGAGAUUUUCCCUCCUAAACCCAUAUUUGUUUUAAGGGUUUGCUUUAGGAACACUUCUGUUCCAUUAAGUGGAGGAGAUUUAUGGCAUGGAUGCUCCUCUCAAACCAGAUCACCUCACUGAUGUUUGUCCUGUCCAUUUAACAUAAAAGGUAGUGAUUACUCUUUAUCUUCUACAACAUAAUUGACUGUAGCAUCAGUUUAGAUGUUUUCUAUCUGUAGAGUUUGGAUUAUCUGGCCACACACUUCACAGCACUAGAGACUGUACAAGCCAAGCUCUGGGUGUAAAUGUGUUUUAAGGAGAAUGGUUUGCUUUAGGAACACUUCCAUUCUACUAAGUGGAGGAGAUUUAUGGCAUGGAUGCUCCUUUCAAACCAGAUCACCUCACUGAUGUUUGUCCUGUAGAAUCAUAGAAUCAGCCAGGUUGGAAGAGACCUCCAAGAUCAUCCAGUCCAACCUAUGUACAUUUAACAUAAAAGAUACUGAUUAUUCUUUAUCUUCUACAGCAUAAUUGACUGUAGUAUCAGUUUAGAUGUUUUCUGUUCUGUAGAGUUUGGAUUAUCUGGCCACACACUUCACAGCACUGAAGACUGUGCAAGCCAAGCUCUGGGGGAGCAAAGUGCUGGCUCUGCAUUAACAGUGAGCCUCAGCUAAUUUUAAAGUCAUUCAUUCCUCUAGCAAAGUCUUUGGUAUCUACACCUUUGGUAAGUAAUUAGUUGGACAACCAAUUUCCUUUACUCAGCUUCUCAACCUUCAGACUAAUGUUUGUGUAUUAACAUUAAGGAGUAUUAUUAGCAAGCAAGUCACCACCUGCUGUAGGUGUCCUGUAGAAGUGUUAAGCCUUGUAGCAGAUGAACACAGUUUGGAAUGAAAACAGUUCCUUAACCUUCUUAUUUCCUGGUUUGUGCAGAAAUGAUAGAAACUCUGGAGAUGUGCAUUGUUGAUAGAUUUUGCAGUUGUUAUAUGUGGGACCAGACCCUGAAGGAAAGGUUUUGUCUCUGAGAGCAAAUCAUCUAUUUAUUUAUUUUCUCUGAAAUUAUUUAUGCCAUCUUUUAUAAUUUUUUUUUUUCCAUAUAGAGAAUGGGAAGUAAAAUACUGCUUAAAAAUAUUGGUCUGGAAGUUUCAUUUGGAAAUGUAUUGUGAAUAAAGUAGAAGCAAUGA